CCAGUGAGCAGGAAAAACAAAUCCCCUGAAUGAAAAGAUAGCAGAGAAAAUUGAGCCGGAUGUAGCAGAGUUUCUUCAAGAGCUACGUAAAAGAGUGAUGAUCGGUGUGGUGGGUGGUUCAGACUACUCUAAGAUAGCUGAGCAAUUGGGAGAAGGUGAUGAAGUCAUCGACAAGUUUGAUUACGUCUUUGCGGAAAAUGGCACCGUGCAAUACAAGAAUGGACAGCUAGUCUCAAAGCAGGCCAUCCAGAAUCACCUUGGGGAGGAACUUUUGCAGGAACUGAUCAACUUCUGCCUCAACUACAUGGCACUUCUAAAGCUGCCCAAGAAACGGGGGACCUUCAUAGAAUUCCGCAAUGGAAUGUUGAACAUCUCUCCUAUUGGCCGAAGCUGCUCCCAAGAGGAACGGAUAGAGUUUUCUGAAUUGGACAAGAAGGAGAGGAUUCGAGAGAAGUUUGUAGCUGCCCUGCAAAGGGAGUUUGCUGGCAAGGGCCUGCGAUUUUCCAGAGGUGGCAUGAUUAGCUUUGAUGUCUUCCCAGAGGGCUGGGAUAAACGUUACUGCCUCGACAUCCUUGAGGAUGAAAGAUUUGAUACUAUACAUUUCUUUGGGAAUGAAACGAGCCCUGGUGGGAAUGAUUAUGAAAUCUACGAUGACCCCCGCACAGUAGGACACAGCAUCCAGUCUCCUCAGGACACAGUCCAGAGAUGUCGAGAGAUCUUCUUUCCAGAGACAGUGAAUGAAUCUUGACACAUGAACCCUUGGCUGCUGGUCUUCAUCUCUUAAGGGAGACCAUGGAUUCACUUUGUGAGAGAUCUUUCUGGACCCUUGCUGAAGCUCAAGGUCAAAAUGCACUUUGGAAAUGGAGCUGUCAAAACUGGGAGUGAGAUAACAACCCUUCAUCAUCUCUUGCUGCUGGGGAGAUGCAUAACUCAAUUCCCAUGUCCUCAUCCUUCCUGCCCCCAAAGUGAGAUUAAGUUGUACUUUCAAGGAAAGAAAAUGUGUUCUUGUUCUAGCAAAGGCCUUUGUGUGGAAGCUAAUCAUCAUGAUCUCCGUGCAUUUGCCCAAAUUAAUCAAUUUCUGAGAUUAAUGUCCAAGACACUAUAAGUAGUAUUGUAAAAGGACCAGGGCCUGAGGUGCUAAAGCACAGAUUUGUCUAGUAUUUUCAUAUUCUUCAACUAUCAAAGUUGUCUAGAAAUAUUUUUUUAAGUUAAUGUAGGAAAGAAAGAAGAACAUACUCUUAAAAAUAAACAAGGGACCCAGUCUGGCACUUUAAAAUCCUGCUGAGAAAUGACUAGCCACAUCAGAGAAUGCAGAAGGAAUAGGGAUUUGAGUGCACUGGCCUACAAGGGAUGCUGGCAUCCAAACCUGGAGGAUGUGUUGGCCAUACCUAUGAUUUCUCUCAGGCUAGCCUGUGCAAGGUACAACUCUGCUAUACUUCUUAACUAGACUGGUCUGAUCAAGAGUGGUGGAUUUUCAAAAACUACAUUUAGAUAUAUCCGUAAGAUAUUUUUUGAGCAGAAUUAGGAUCAUACUUUUGUAACGGAAAGAAAUAGGGAACGAAAGAUUAAAAAGAAAACCUGUACAUGUAAUAGCUCAAUGGUAUGGCUAUUUGUGCUAAAUUUAGAGCUCUGGUCAUUACAGCUCCUGGGAGCUCUGAGAUUAAAAAAAAAUAAACACCAGGAGGGCCACAGUUGCACGCCCAUAGCCUACACUCUUCUUUUCAUUAAACUUAAUGAAGACUAAAUUAUCUUUACAUAUUCAGAGGUAAGGUCUCCAAGAAAAACGGAUAUCAAUAACGGAAGCAAUUUUUUUAAAAAUCCUGGAUGCAUAAUACUGUAUUGUUUUAAAAGACAACAUUACCUAUAUUUUCUUUGUGAAGCAUAAACAAACUGAAAAGAUUUGUUUCUGCAACAGCAAAAUGCCCUUAACGAGCAGAGGUAACAUGAAUGAUGGUUAAUUAGGUGUUUCUUCUAUGUUAUUGGCACUCAUUAGAUACUCUCUGUUGGAUUAUUAUAAGUCAAAUCUUUUUCUGUUCACAUAUUGAAGUGCUUUAUGAUGCAUGGCUUCCAUAGGCCAGAGUCCUAAAACCCAACAUUUUGUAACUGGUGUGUGCGCCGCAAGCUUGGACCAACCUGACAGAUGGGCAGAAAAAUUACAAAAGCUGCUUGCGCAAUUUUGCUUACAUGCCGUAGGAUUCUGGCCCUUUAAAAAAUAGUUCCUGGUCCUCAAAAUUGCAAGAAGAAAAAUGUGGAAUGUGGAAACGAAUGCUCUGAAACAAUCAGAAGUUAUAGAACUGGACAGUAAGGCUCUUCAGUUGCCUUUCUAUCUAUCUAUCCAUCUAUCUGCUUUGCAUAUGCUUCUCCCUCUGUCCCAUCAUCCUGCCCCAAUCGUUUUUGUGAAAAUUAUUCAAAUAUAGUUUCUAACAAACAAAUCUCCCAUUGGAGAAAAUUAGGUGCUCAUUACCCUCACUGUGUACAAAUUUGGACUCUCAGCUUGUCUCUAGUCACUUGCUUAAAAAUCCUCCGAUACAAAGACUUCAUGGUUUCCCAAAGUGUGACCAUAUUAGUCAGUUGUAGGAAGAACAAAGGGUUGCAUGGCAUCUUAAAGACUUAACACCAUAUAGAUGAUGAGUUGGGCUGUAUUCCACAAAAGCUUAUGCCACACAAAAUAUGUUAAUUUCAAUGGUGCCAUGAGAUUCUUAUUUAAGAAUUUACCCUUAAGCAGUGCAGUAGCAUCCAGAUGCUUCCUGCCUAUCUGUAGCCAGCAUGUUUUUUAAUUAUUAUGCAAGAGUAUCUUAAAAGUCUUGCAUCCUUGUCAAGUCUCCAACUCCUUCCAUUUCAUCCAUCUUUUUUCUAAAAAUCCUCUGACAAUAGAACAGCUGCACAGAGUAUUUUUUUUUCAAUGAUAACACUGAAAAGCACUUUCAUCUGGAAGCACUUUUAGUCACCUUAACCCUGUAUCUAGAAGCACCCCAAGAGGAAACUACUGAUUAUCACAUGACUGGAUAUCUAAGAUGGACCAAAGAGAAAAAAAAUGUAAAUUCAUUUAAUUAAACAGAAACUUAUUUUGAUUUCUCCGAUCAGAAGUGUAUUGGUAACCACAGGUGAUUAGGUUUUGUUCACAGGCAGCUGUUAUAUAGUUACAGACUCUAAGUAAUGUGUAAUAUUAAAUUACAAAACAGCCUAAUUUAUCAUGAAUAAACAAAUGAGAUCUUACCACA